UCGAAGCCGGUCGUCGGUUGGCGGCACUUGCAGCGUACAUAUUGGGCUUUCAUUCGGUACGAAAUCUUGAAACAUUGCAGCCACAUAUCGGCUGGACGCUCGCUUCGCGGUUAAUGUUUGUAGUGCGAGCGCAGUUGUUGUUGCCGUCAUCUUCGUCGUCGUGAAAGUUGUGUCUACUAUUUACUUUUAUUAUUUGGUGGUGUUGUUGCUAUCUGCAAGAAAUUAUUCACGAAAGCGACACACAUGCAUAUGUGUAGUUGUUGUCAUUCUACGCCUCCUUAAGCGCUCCUGAUGACGCAUAGCGCCGUACGGUCGUAAACUCUUAAUAGAAUACCUUAAAAAUCGACGCGAACACACGUACAACUACAUGCGUGCAUCCGCACCAAUACAAACGCAAGUGCUGCGCGCAUUCUGCAUUACGGCCCACGGUGAAGUGUGUCACUUGUGAAGCAAUGAAAAGUACGAAAAUGCAUUUGAUUCGGAGAGCGGCGAACGCGAGCUCCUAUCGGGAAAUAAAAAUGCGCAAAGUUCAUGGUCAACUGUUGUCACAGAACGCGUCUACGCGCCGCUACAGCGGCAGCCGUGUUGGCACACGCCCACGCGUGCAAUUUCGUGAUUGAGCCGAAUCGUGUUCAUAAUAUUUUCGACUAGUGCAACGAGUCCACCACUUUGAGGAAAAGUUUCGCUUUAUUAAGCGCUGUGCGAUAGUGAUGAAAAACUCGUUCGCGGCCGCAGAGCGCAAAAAAGAUAAAAAAAAUAUAAAACAUUUACUAGCCAAUACUAAAAAUAUAAAAUAUCCUCCAAAGCUAUAGUUAAACCAUACAAUUAUGUCCAAAGUGCUGUGUUUAUUACGUUUAAAGCUAAAAAAUAAUUUUUACAAUACCAAUUGCUGUGAUUAAAUUGGAAUUAUGACGUCCAUUACAAUGAAUAUGGUUUUCUUAAAGGAUUUACGAACGCGCAUCAGAGGAUAUAUACACGGUGACUACAUUAAACAUCCCGUCCUUUACGAACUCAGCCAUAAAUAUGGCUUCACCGAUAAUCUUCCCGAGAGUGCGCUGCCUAACCGCCUCGAGGAAAUCAAAGAGGCGAUACGGCGUGAAAUCCGCAAAGAGCUGAAAAUUAAAGAGGGUGCCGAGAAGUUGCGYGAGGUAGCCAAAGAUCGACGCUCCCUGAACGACGUGGCUUCAAUUGUGAAGAAAAGCAAUAGCAAAUUAGCCGAGUUGAAAUCGGAGUUGCAAGAAUUGGAGAGUCACAUACUCCUAACCCAGGGCAACUCCGUGAGCAAUGGCAGAGAUGGCUACUCCUCGAAUCUAUCCACGCCAACGUCAACAUUGGGCGGCAGCGUCAGCAGCUUGGGCGGUGGCAAUGGCGGCCUUAUUGGCGGCGGUCACGAACAGCUUUCGACGAACGAUAAAAUGCUUAUCUCACUGGAGAAGCAACUAAAUAUCGAAAUGAAAGUAAAGAAUGGCGCUGAGAAUAUGAUACAGUCAUUGGCGAAUGGCCAUCAUGGGCGUGACAAAAAGCUCUUGGCUGAGGCGCAACAAAUGUUGGCCGAUUCCAAAGCGAAAAUUGAGUUCUUGCGGUUACGCAUCCUCAAAGUAAAGCAGAACAAGGAACACGCUCAUAAAUUGUCCGCGCAGGCAGCCAUAGCGGCUAGCGGCGACGGCGAGAAUGGUGGGCAGCCGCAACGGCUGGAGACAACGCUCGAGGAGCGCAUCGAAGAGUUGCGGCAUCGCUUACGCAUCGAGGCCGCCGUCGUGGAUGGAGCAAAGAAUGUGAUACGUACCCUACAGAAUAACAAAGUGCCCGAUAAGAAGGCGUUGCAAGAGGCAAAUAUAAGCCUUAGUGAGUCUUCACGUAAGCUGGAUCUGCUAAGGCACUCGCUUGACUUGCGACGUCUGGAAUUGCCCGUGGAUUCACCGGCCGCACACCAACUAAAAUCGGAGCUGCAGUCGGUACAGCAGGCUUCGUCGCCAAUUCCAGUCACAUACACGUCCCUGCAACCCUUUCACGGCGGUCUGUUGGGCGGCAAACCAUACCAACAAGUCUCCUCACUCGGCCGUUGCGCCAGCGUAUCCGGUAAGCUUGAAGUGCGUUUGAUGGGGUGCCAAGAUUUGCUUGAAGAUGUGCCUGGACGUUCGCGACGCGAUAAAGAUAACAAUUCCAGUCCGGGAGAUUUGCGCAGCUUCGUUAAGGGUGUAACGUCCCGCAGCAGUUCGAAGAGUUAUUCAGUCAAGGAUGAGACAUCGUCUGAAAUAAUGGCAGUCAUAAAGCUAGAUAAUAUAACGGUGGCGCAGACAUCUUGGAAGCCUUGCUCGCAACAGGCUUGGGAUCAGCGCUUCUCCAUCGAUCUAGAUCGUUCCCGUGAACUGGAAAUUGGCGUUUACUGGCACGACUGGCGCUCCUUGUGCGCUGUGAAAUUCUUGCGUUUAGAAGAGUUCAUUGACGAUGUGCGACAUGGUAUGGCAUUGCAAUUGGAGCCGCAAGGUCUGCUAUUUGCCGAAAUAAAAUUCCUCAAUCCGAUGAUAUCGCAAAAACCGAAGUUGCGUCGCCAGCGUAUGAUAUUCAAUAAACAACAAGUGAARAACAUACCACGUGCAAAGCAAAUGAACAUCAAUGUGGCCACAUGGGGCCGUUUGCUGAAGCGCAAURCACCCUCCAGUUCGCACCUCGCCACCGAAGGCACAACACGCGGUAAUUCACGCGACAGCGAAUCGCCCAUUUCACGCUCACCCUCGUCCGGGACAAUCGAUGCCGAACCCGAACCAUAUUCACCCGGCCAGCAGGCACGUAAUUUGGAAUAUGAUCCCGACGCGGGUGUGCACGAUCACGUCGAAACACCUGGUGAAUGUCCUGAUCCCGAAGUGAGCGGUCUGAGUGGCAUGCGACCACUUUCGAUGCAGGGCAUUGCAGUGCUGCCACCGGAAGUGCCUUCACAACCUACACAAUCUUCUACACCACAACAACAGCAGCAGCAGCAGCAACAACAUUUAUCUACGAAAAACAAUAACUUGCAUUUGCAGAUCGCCGGGAAGCAUAGCUCAAAGACAACUGCUGAAGUUGUCGGCGGCAUGCCGCUGGGCUCGAGACCCACUUCGAAAUUGCCAACACCCACGCAGACGCAGCCGCCACCCAUUCCGACCACGGCGCCACCUAAACUCGAUCCAGAGUUACAGAGCGCAUUGCGUGAAUUCGAUUUUCUCAAUCAAAUGGACUCACAGCCCAAUACACUGCAACGGCCGGUGCAUCAAUACAAUCGACAACAACAACAACAGCAACAGCAUGCGCAACAGCAACCACCAACACUGCAACCGAAACCCCAACAACAGCCCAUGCAGCAGCAGUACAUUGYCUCGGCCGCCCAACAAACACUCCAGCCAUAUCACACACUGCCCACUCACCAGCCAAUGCCAUUGCAGCAGUACCAGCMACCGGUCGCUGGUGGUCAGGGUCGCCAGCAGGGUUCAAUGCCAACAACUCCUGAAGCCAAUAGCCAAUCGGUGGUGGCCCCGCAUUUCGUUAAUACAGCAGUGGCGAAUAAUAAUAGUAAAUACAAUGUGCCGCAUGUGGCACGCCAAACUAGUCAAAGUAGUUUCAGAAACCAGCAGCAGCAGCAACACCAAAACUACAAUAAUAAUAAUAGCAAUGCAAAUGCGACGGUCGGUGGCAUGGCYAAUAUGUACCAUCGUCCAGUGCUGGCCAUGCCGCCGGUGAUAUUGAUGGGCGGCGAGCUGGGCUCCGUCGAUAUGACCAGUCCGAUAAUUGAGAUGCCACCGUCACCAGCGCCGAGCGCAUUGCCGAUUGUGGAGUAUCCCGAUGACGAUGAGUAUGCGGCGCUCGAUGUUGCGGCGACGAGUUACAGCACCGAUGCUGGUGAUCGUUUCUGUGUCGAGGCGCAUAUCAAUGUUGUACACAUAACAAUUGARCCUUUAACAACAACAUCAACUMCAACAACAACAAUAUAUCCAACAACCAUAACAACAACAAAAAGCAUACACAUUGCCGAUAGUAAACAGAAUGAGAUUAACACUUCGCCAACAACAACAACAUCGGCGACACUGACUGAUAAUGAAAUCGAAACCGAAAUCGAACUUGAAACGAAGAGUCUAAGCGAUUGCUUGAAAUCGAAUAAUGGUUCACCUCGUACUGAAUUAGUUACGGUGACGGAAGUGUACGACUACACAAUUGAAAGUGAGAAAUUAGGAACGAAAUGUGCUAAUGAAAAAUCAGUGCAGAUUAUACCACAAUUUGGCAAUUUAUCAGUCAACAGCAACAAUAACCAACAACAAAAGCAAUAUGUGCCCGACUCACCGAUUGUACAGGAGCCGCCAACACCCACCGUCUACGCACAGGCUGCGGUGCAGACGCCGCAUUUCCCACAGGCAGCCCAGCGUCAAGGCUACGCAGCGCCACCUGCAUCUGCUGCCUACCAGCAACAGCCCAUCUACCAGAAUCAAUACGAGCUCAAUGCGGCUGSAAUGCCGCCGCCGCCAGCCGUGGGCACAGGCGGACGUCGCAAUGUGGCACGCGGUUUACAGUAUCGCGACUCCGCUUACGAGUCACGCCGCCAAUCGCAAGCCAUCGGCGGCGGCGGCGGUGUGCCGCCAGGCAUGCUGUCCAUUGACAAGUUCCGGCUGCUGAGCGUGCUGGGGCGCGGACACUUUGGCAAGGUCAUAUUGUCGCAGUUGCGCAGCACCAACCAAUAUUAUGCCAUCAAGGCGCUGAAGAAGGGCGAUAUUAUAGCACGCGACGAGGUUGAGUCGCUACUGAGUGAAAAGCGCAUCUUCGAGGUAGCCAAUGCGAUGCGUCAUCCAUUUCUGGUCAAUUUGUACGCGUGUUUCCAGACCGAACAACACGUUUGCUUUGUUAUGGAGUAUGCGGCCGGUGGUGAUCUGAUGAUGCACAUUCACACCGAUGUGUUUUCGGAGCCGCGYGCCGUCUUCUAUGCCGCCUGUGUGGUACUCGGCCUACAGUAUUUGCAUGAAAACAAAAUCAUAUAUCGUGAUUURAAACUGGAUAAUCUACUUUUGGACACAGAUGGUUAUGUGAAAAUUGCUGAUUUCGGUUUGUGCAAGGAGGGCAUGGGCUUCGGCGAUCGGACGGGCACUUUCUGUGGCACACCGGAAUUUUUGGCGCCMGAAGUGCUCACAGAGACGUCGUACACACGCGCCGUGGACUGGUGGGGUUUGGGCGUACUGAUAUUCGAAAUGCUUGUCGGSGAGUCUCCAUUCCCUGGCGAUGAUGAGGAGGAAGUUUUCGAUUCGAUCGUUAACGAUGAAGUGCGCUACCCGCGAUUCCUGUCACUGGAGGCGAUUGCCAUUAUGCGUCGGUUAUUGCGCAAGAAUCCAGAACGCCGUUUGGGUUCUUCGGAACGCGAUGCGGAGGAUGUGAAGAAGCAAGCGUUCUUCCGUUCAAUCAGUUGGGAUGACUUGUUGCUACGUAAGGUGAAGCCGCCUUUUGUGCCGACUAUCAACCAUCUUGAGGAUGUAUCGAACUUCGAUGAGGAAUUCACCUCUGAAAAACCGCAGCUGACGCCUCCAAAGGAGCCAAGACAUUUGACUGACGAAGAGCAACUAUUCUUCCACGACUUUACAUACACCGCCGACUGGUGUUGAUAACUGGCAAAAGCGCAGCUCAAUUGAUUGUAAAAUACUGGGAGAGCGAGAACAGUGCGAAUGAAUUUUCCGCCUUGGUACUGCGAAUGUUGGUCGUUAUUUGGACACUUAUUUUACCGUUUGGAAUAUACGAUUUUGUAAAAUGCUUCGCUCUAACUUGUUCAAAUGUUUGGUGUGACCAUUGCUCUUUAAUUCGAUUGUGUAUUAGUUUAAGUAAACAGUAAUUUGAAUAGAACACAUAGCUCGGCUAGGUAUACAAAACAAUAUGCAUUAUUACAUAAUAAAAGAAGCAUGUUAUUUAAGAGAAGGUGAAAAAUUAUUUAUAAAGAAAAAACAACAAUUUUACAUACAUUAUACGCGAAUAAAAAUACAAAAAAAUAUUAAUGAUUUAUGUAGAGUUCAUUAAAACAUAAAAAAUCCCGAAAUUGAAGUUGGUUUAACUAAAAAAGGAUUUUCAAUGUUUGCUUUAAACAAAUUUAUUUAGAACUCAACUAAUUACGUGAGGAAUUUUUAAUAAUGUUUGACAACAAACAACCGACUAACAAAAGCAGCUAUUUGAAAAAUGUGCACCUAAGAAAGUAUACAAAA